UAGUCUUCGUUGACAUCCCUUUCCUGUUGUAGUGUUUGAGCGAUCGGUUGACUCGUAUUCACGUCUUUGCCGUCAUUUCAAACAAUUGUUUAAUAAGUUUUGAUUCAUUUCGCGUCACUUCAGACUUAAACCAUGCGUUAUGUGUCGGCUUAUCUGUUGGCCACAAUCGGUGGCAAUAAGAGUCCAUCGGCUGCUGAUAUCAAGCGAAUCCUCAGCAGUGUUGGCAUCGAAGUCGAUGACGACAAGUCCGCCAAAGUGGUGAAGGAGUUGAGCGGCAAAUCCAUCGAUGAGAUCAUUGCCAAAGGUACCGAGAAGUUGGCGUCUGUGCCGUCUGGAGGGGGAGCGGCGGUGGCGGCCGCAGCGCCCGCUGCCGGCGGAGCCGCGGAUUCACCCAAAAAGGACGCAAAGAAAGAGAAGAAAGAAGAGUCCGAAGAGGAAGAGGACGAAGACAUGGGUUUCGGUCUCUUUGACUAAAAUAACUGUUUUUUAUUAAUUGAAAUAAAAAAUUAAGUUUUGAA